UAGUGUCGUGCGUGUCGCCGGCUGGGAUCUCCUCCGCUUGUCCCGGCUGUCACGGUCCGUUCCCCGACAUGGGACUGUCUCUGAGCUCGGAGUCUGCGGAUGGAGGCAAUGAGGGUUACCACGUCCACGGGGUACAAGAGAAUUCUCCUGCACAAAAAGCUGGACUCGAGCCAUUCUUUGAUUUUAUUAUUGCGAUCGGACAUUCCCGGCUGAACAAGGAGAACAGCAUGUUCAAAGAUCUCUUGAAAGCCAACAUGGAGAAGCCUGUGAAGCUGGAGGUCUACAACACAAAGACGAUAAAAGUGCGAGAGGUGGAGGUCACCCCCAGCAACAUGUGGGGAGGCCAAGGGCUCCUAGGGGCCAGCGUCAGAUUCUGCAGCUUCCAAGGGGCGAAUGAACAUGUGUGGCAUGUGCUGGAUGUGGAGCCAAAUUCACCGGCAGCACUGGCUGGCCUACAGGCGUACACAGAUUAUAUUGUGGGAUCCGAUCAGAUUUUGCAAGAGUCCGAGGAUUUCUACGCUUUGAUAGAGUCUCACGAAGGGAAACCACUGAAGCUGCUGGUCUACAACACAGAGACUGAUUCAUGCCGAGAGGUUUACGUGACCCCUAAUGGAGCCUGGGGUGGGGAAGGAAGUUUGGGAUGUGGCAUUGGAUAUGGAUACUUGCAUCGCAUUCCCUCACAACCUGUCACCCCAACCCAAAAUUACGAGAUAAAGCCCCCUUCACCACUACCAGCGGAAGAACCUAUUGUGCCCCCAACCAAUGGAUACAGUGAGGCUCCUCUGUUGGCCCCAGAAACCCACACAGAAGCGGCUGCAGAAGCCCACCAGCUGUCAGAUGCACAUGUUCAUCCUGGAGAAGCUGCCCUGGUUCUGCCCCCACCUGUACAAAGAGUUGUAAAUCCAGGAUUUCCAGAGAGUCCUAAUAUUCUGGCGCCUGAGAUUCCAGAUCUUACAAACCUGCUGGAUGUGACAGCACCGCUUGCCCUCGAUGUUACUUCGGAUCUUCCCGCAGUCACAGACAAGUUACUUACUGCUGAAGAGCUGAAUGCUUAUAUUGAGCAAGUCAAAGUGUCUGAAGGACCAUCUCUGGAGAUGCCCUUGUCACACUCUGUCUUGGAUCAUGCACUUGCUGAGCAGAACUCUUUAGUCUCCUUUGAAGAUCUGGUGAGCAGCUCCUCAGAAGUCGCUCCAGCAGGUGAAUCUCUGGCUGAAGUGGACAAUUCUGCAGUUCCCACAGUAAAUGACCAGAAAAUCACUGAAGAGUCUUCAACAGAAGGGGCUGAAACAAAGGAAGAAUAGAACGUAAAAGACGAUACAUUCAAAUUGGUCUUAAUGAAAUGCAAAAUGCACAUCAACCAGAAAAUGGUUCAAGUUUUACUAUUUUUUAUUUUAUUUUAAAGCAAAACGACAAGCUUUUUAUCUAAAUUAUAUAAAUAACAUUUUACUCAAAUAUCUGUCUUCAGGAACCAUAGACUCUGUGUAAUCAUCUUCAUCACUGUAUGUAUGUUUAAUAUUACAGGACGUUAUAUAUGUGUUGCCAAGCUUUGCGCAGCCAGACAUUUCAUUUGAAGCAUCGUUUCGCAACUUUUGGCUCUCCAUCUGUUGCAGAACUACAAGUCCCAGUACGCUCUGACAAAUUGGAGCUGCCAUUGCAUGCUGGGAGUCAUAGUUUCAACCAGUGAAGAGCCACAGGUUUGAGACCACUGAUUUAAAGUGUAAGUGGAAUAGCAUAUUAAGAUUAAUAUCCAAGAUUGGUCUCCUAGGAUCCUGUAGGUCAGCAUUCCCCAGCUCAAAAUAUCACUGGCAAUUAAUGGUAGGAUAAAAUCCAUAUCCUCUUCAAUAGGCAUGUCUGUUGUGUUUGUAAAAGGCUUAAAAAAGGUUGGAGACUUCCACCAUAUGCAAUAGGGGACCUGUAUCGUUUAAAGGGAAC